UUAAUUUCUUCUACUUUUAAAAAUGCUUUUCUUUUUAUUUUAAGUCGUUUAAACGUAUCAGUUUUGUACCAUCGCAUUAUUUGCAAAAAAAUAUUUUGUAACGAAUACUUUUAAACAAAAUAUACAUCAAUAUCAUUUUAUUUAUUGUAAAUAUACUAUUGUGGUGGAACUCUACAAUAUUAGUUGUGAGCUCUUAAAUUAGAAAAAAUGAGCUUAGAAUCAAUACGAUAUGAAAGAGGAAAAUUGCAAAUUCUGGACCAAUUAUUACUGCCUCUGCAGACAAGAUAUGUAAAGGUACAGGGAGUUGAAGAUGGCUGGAAAGUAAUUAAUAAAAUGCAGGUGAGAGGGGCCCCUGCUAUAGCAAUUGUUGGAUGCUUAUCAUUGGCAAUAGAACUACUUAAAGAAGACUGCUCAGAUAAAAAAAUUAUGAGGCAAGAGAUCGAAGGCAAAUUAAACUAUCUGGUGUCGGCGCGGCCAACAGCUGUAAAUAUAAAAUUAGCGGCUGACGAUCUUAUUAAUUUGGCAAAUAGUUUGAGCGCCGAUGAGGAUGUCACAGCUAAUGAUUUUAAAGAGAGGUUUAUUAUUAGCAUAGAGAAAAUGCUCAUAAAGGAUAUAGAAGACAACAAGGCGAUAGGCAAAUUCGGCUGCGAGGCUAUUCUGAACAGUUUGGAGGUGGACAGCCACGUGCGGGUUUUGACACACUGCAAUACCGGAUCACUAGCUACAGCGGGCUAUGGCACUGCUUUGGGCGUGAUACGGUCACUGCAUGCCGCUAAACGAUUAGAGCAUGUGUACUGCACUGAAACCCGGCCUUACAAUCAAGGGGCGAGGCUCACGGCAUACGAGUUGGUCCACGAGAAGAUACCCGCCACUCUCAUAGUAGACAGCAUGGUGUCAGCGUUGAUGCACGCGAGGAAUAUUACUGCCGUGGUGGUCGGAGCUGACAGGGUAGCAGCGAACGGUGACACUGCUAACAAAAUUGGCACAUACCAAAUAGCGAUAGUGGCGAAACAUCACAACGUGCCCUUUUACGUGGCGGCCCCGCUCACCUCCAUAGAUAUGGCGCUCAGGUCAGGCGACAGCAUUAAGAUUGAGGAGCGGCCUGACAGGGAAAUGACGCACAUUGGCGAACAUAGGAUUGCUGCACCUGGCAUAAACUGUUGGAACCCAUCAUUCGAUGUUACACCGGCGUCCUUGAUAACAGGUAUCAUAACGGAAAAGGGUGUUUUUGCACCCAACAAAUUGUACGAAGAAGUUCCUAAAUAACAUUAUCAAAUAAUUAAUAACAUUCGUUUUAUUGUUGUAAUAAUCAAAUGUUUUGAUAUAAUCAAUAGUUCCUAGUGUUUAAAGUAAAGGCAGUAGCGUACGUAAAGGGAUAAAACACAAGACAUAUCUUCUAUUAGUUAUUUAUUAUACAAGUCCGCCAGUUUGAUGUGUACCUUUCUCUAUGUAUUCAAUACAUUAAUGCGUAUAAUGUUAGGUAUGUAUUAAAUACAUUUGUAAGUAAUAAACAAAAGCUAUUAAACUAUUA